AUGGAGCCACCAGAGUAUGCACCAACCUCGUCGGAGAUCGGAUCCUUGACAGCCCACUCGAACGAAGACAGCCAGUUCGUCGGCAGCUCCAGUGGCGUCUACUUCAUUAAUACCGUCAAGCGAGCAUUCUCAGAUGGACUGGACCGACCAGAUUCGCAGGAGCCUGAUUUUCCAGUCGCAGAGGAUACCCUUGUUGGCACUGAAGACUCCUCGCGUCCAAAACGACGUCGCACCACGUCGAGGGAGACACCGACAGCUUCAAGCCCGGACGACAUUUAUCUACCAGAGUGGACAUAUGAUCCUACCAUUGCGAGCUUUCUUGGAGAUGCACCGCCGCAGGAUACCGCUCGCGAGCUAAUGAUGAUGUACUUCAAAGUCUGGCAUCCUCUCUUCCCGUUCCUUCAUGGUCCCACAUUCUUACAAGCCAUGGAGAGGUUAUACUCCAAAUCGCCCCAGGAAGAGCGGGGAAACUCCACGAGCACCAGCUACAAAAGUACUUGCUGGACCGUCAUAUUACAGUGCAUUUUCAACCUGGGAAGCCUGCUCGGUCCUGAUCUCCGAGUCCCGCCAGAGUCCAGGAUCAUGUCACCGGCCAGCAUGACGCAACUACUCUCGACGUUCGCAUCAAAGCAUGAUAUGGCUUCUUUACAGGCUCUUCUUGCAGUUCAGGUAUAUCUUGUUGCUACAAUGUCAUUGAGACUCGCCUCUACAUUUGGCGGGUGUAUUUUACGAUCAAUGAUGCACGCCGGACUCCACCGAUGCCCUUUCCGCUACAGCCAGCUCUCAUCGCAUGACCGGCAUCUGCGAAAACGUAUAUUUUGGUGUGCUUAUGCGAUAGACCGCUACUUAAGCCAAGCACUUGGACUUCCGCUCGGCAUCCAAGACUCGGAUAUUGAUGUGUGUCUGCCUGCAGCAAAGGAGCUACACUUCUCGCGGGAGAUUCGAGAGUACGGUGCGAUAUCCUUUGAUGCAGAAAACUUCGAUCAUUCUGACCCCGACAAUUCUGUAUUCAGGGGUUAUGACCGGGAACAGGCUCAAAUCUUUGAGGGAGACAACCGCAAAAAGGAAAGCAUCCUUGCAAGCUAUGUUGACUCUGGUACGCUGACGGGCCGAGCACUGGAGCUCUUCCAUAAAUCUAUUCUGGUUCGCUCCGUUAGGCGCAGCCCGGUGUUAUUUUUGGUGACAGACGUUCAUAAGUGGUGGAACAGUCUUCCCCUGGAGCUCCAAGGUACGGUCGCAGGGACUGCCAAAAGGGAUGGAGCCGAAUCCCACAGCCCGUUUGACUUUGGACCAUUCUUUGCAAUUUCAUACCAGCACCUCAUUUUGAUCAUCCACCGACCCUCCUUAUCCCUUGACCCGUUGACCGCAGAGUUUUGUUCUGGGCUGCAGACAUGCAUUGGAGCCGCGCGCGGAAUUAUUGCCGCGCUGAAGACCCAAGUCAAUAAUGGACAGGCGCUAUUCUGGCCUGGCUUUCUAUCCGCGGCUUGGAUGUCUGGACUGGUUUUAGCCUUCGCUUGCCAACUCAGGCAGUACGUUCUUGCAAUAGGUCUCCAGGAGAUCAAUGACUGUUCGGAAUUCUUACGCCGCAUGUCUGACAAAUGGGAGACGGCAAGCCACUGCAACAAGGCGUUACUAAUAUUAGCUACGAAAAUCAAGCAAAUGGAUAGCAACCCUGAAGCCUCUAAAUCGUUAACAUACGCCAUGUCUACUCCAGGCAGAGAACUUGGCGCGGUGGAUCCAGCUGGAAUACGAGAACAAGGCCAUCUCAAGCAAAGAAAACUUUCAAGUUCAUAUUUCCAUGGUAUCGACACAAGCCCGCCACUAAGGGUGGAUGAGCCACUGGCCCCUGAAUGCCAGUCUUCGGAACCACAGUUUGUGGCCUCGAAUGGCAACAGAGGUCUUCAUCUUACCGAUACUUCACCUUCAUCAUUGGAGUUCGGCUUUCAAAGUGGCAGCAACCAUCUGCCGGGUGGCUCAAACUUUGAUUUGAAUAUGGUAGACUUGCUACAUGGAGCCGAUUUCGAUUCUCUGUUUGACAUGAUCGGCCAGCAGUAUCCAAGCUUCUAG